AUGGUGUCUACCCGCAAAUCCACCCGCUCCUCCUCUGGUCUCGGCGAAGAACCGGCUGUCACCUCUCCCACAAAGCCAAGUGCUAGUCGUAAGAGAAAGACCGAAGAAGAUGCAUCUGAGUCGGUUAUUGACGGAUCAAAGCACCCUACAAAGCAAGCCAAAAAAGCAACUGUGGAAGAUGAUUCUGGAGCAGAGGGAAAAAAUAGCCCGAAGCAAACUACACUUGAUAGCGCGCUUAAGCAGCAACCGCGAGAGAAUGAUGCUACCGGGGAUGUGGUUACUGAAGAACCCAAGGGUGUCGAGGAGGCACAGGGUCAAACCCCUGCAGACGAAGAGCAACUCCAAAAUGAAUCCAAAUGCGCCAUCACCGUUUCCUCCGAGCGUGAGGAAAAAGUAAAAAAAUCCCCGAUUAUGGAAAAAGGAAUAAUCUAUUUCUUCUUCCGCCCCAAGGUUGCAGUUGAUCACGCUGAGAGUAUCGAUGAUGUGCAGAGGAGCUAUAUAGUUCUUCGGCCCUUGCCAUUGGGCGCAAAACUUAACGACGGGAAGGUGGGGGAUAGUGAUAGAGAGAGUCACCAUAGGCUUAUUGCGAUCCCCAAAAAGAGACUGCCGGAACGCGGAUACGAGAGAUUUUUGACAUUCGUGGAGGAACCAAAGAUCUCGGCAGCCGACCUGAAAAGCCGAUUUUUGAAGGGAAGUACAUAUAUGACGAAAACACAAGGAGAGCGAAAAAACUCACCCAUGGAACCUAUUGGCGAAGGCAUAUAUGCUCUUACAAAGACCGAAGAAGAGCGGUCAACCCAUCUUGCUUACAUCCUCACACUUCCUUCCACACUGGAUGAACUUCAAAAAGACUUUGGCUUAAAAUCGCGUGGAUCAUUUGUGGUUAACGUGAGAAACCCUCAAACACCAGCUCCACCACAGGCAGGUAUUCCAGACCCCGCAGAGUAUUCAAAAGAGAUAAUGGAAGAGUUCCGUGGCCUCAAAUGGGGCGCUCUAGAGCCAAAGCACCUGGACUACAAGCACGCAGAAGUGCUGUUUAUUGGUCAGAGUGGAUCCGAGGUGCCGGGAGAGGGGAAGCAUGAGGGCACUAGUGAUGAGAUGGAGAAGCUGGAGGGCGAGGAUGAGGUGAGGGUUAGACACCUUAAAGGUAAUGAGGCUAUCUUUGCAGACUUGGAACUUGAUAGGAAAGAAUUUGGGGGGGUGGGGAAUACAUGGUAG